CCUGUCGGUCUCCUCCAUCCUCUUCCAAGUUCCAUGAUUCCCUGCCGUCUUCCUUGCGGCCCCAUGCCAAGGAAAUUGGCAUCUUGGUUCCUGUGGCAGCGAGUCCCCCCUAAUCCAGAUACGAAAGAUUCGCUAGUUCCUGAAUUUUUCCUCUUAGGAACAUCAUCCUCGCUAACCACUAAUAGCAAUGCCUACCUACCCAAAGACAGACUCGAUCAAGUCCCGACUCGGAUUCGAGCCAAAGCAAACAAACGCAGAUUCUACCCUACCAAUCAAGGAACAACCCAUCCACCGCUGCAGUCAAUGAAAAUACCUUACGAAGGGCCCCUAAGGAUUGAAGAUCACUGGCCAAAAGUAACCCAAUCUACAGUACAUGUACAUGCCCUCACGGCCAUUCUCUCCCUGAGUCCUGAACGAGGAACCGUCGAGAGAGUGACACCGACCCUGACUAGCUUCUUAUCCCACGGUUACAGCGAGAUGUCAGCAGCUCGACAUUAGUGCUGGCGAGGAGGUCUACCGUUGGAGAUGAAGAGAAGGAGAAGGAUAGGCUGUGAGCUGAUCAAUGAGUGGAGCAACGGUGGCAUACUAUACUCACAACUCCUCGGAGUUUGUCAGAGAAAUGGAUAAGACCUUCUUUAAC